GUGUCAUCCCACGCGCGCUGAAACAGCCUGGCGAACUUGUCACAAGAAAUAAUUAACUGGGGACACAUUUAAGUGGAGCUGUGAUGUGACAGUGGACGGAGGCGGGAUGUCAGCAGUGUAACCCCCGGCAAUUGUCGUGUACAAAUCAGCCCUCGGCCUCAGACAGCGCACAACGGAAUGAUACAUGUCUCGAAACAGCCUCACACAACCCAUCCAUAAUUCAUGGCUAGCUUCAGCGUACUAUGACUUACACACUAUACCUAGCUGUAGCCGGACGGCCCGUGAGGCUGUUUUCCCAGGAAUGAGGAUCCGCAGCUUGGUAUACUAAUGAAGUACCGUUAUCAGUAACGGGACGAAACCGAGUGGAGGACGGUGUUAUAACGAGGGACCACCCCGGAUCAGGAUAGUUUGCACUCGUAUGCUGUGGAUACUAGUCGGAUAUGAAGGUGGGAUGUUAUGUGUGACUAUAGGCUAUAUGACAGCGGUAGUAUGGAGAAUGGCCACGGUCCAAACCAGCAAAAACCCGAAAACACAAAGAUCCGACGUCUGGUCCCAUACGCGAUUAGCCACGAGGGGAUUCUGUGGGAGGACGACUCCCGUCUACUGAGCAUCGUGUCCCUUUACAUCCUCGGUCUUGUCGGAGUGUUCAUCCUCAUCUUCCUGCUGUGCCACUUCCUGAAGGACUCCGGACUGUCCCACCUCGGCCAGAACGACAUCAUUGACGUUGACAAUGUGGCGCUUUAUAACGAAGUGUAUACCAACAGGAUCAUUGAUAUCAUUCACACAUCAGAGCGGGAACACCAGUCCCCUAAAACUAGUCCUGUGUCUACCAUACGCAGCCAUAGGAGACUCUGCGACACUGCUGAAAUAAGUAAGUGAAUUCUUCUGAAAAGCUUUAUUUUGUUGUUCUCUGAACUCCGCUUAUGAGUCGAAGAAUCACCAUUCUCGAUUGUCCAGUUUAUUAUAUAUAGUAAA